UUUUUGACGCCUUCGUGUAUAUAAAUAAGAGGUUCCACUAAUGUCGCGGGUUGACCCUAUUCAUAUCAUAACGACUGGCAAAAUCAGCCCAUCGCGCGAUCGACUGCGAAUAUCAUAGCUCGGGGCGAAGACGAUGCAGAAGGUUGCAGUUGUAGGAGCUGGCGGAGCAGGACUCGCCUGCGCUCGCCACCUCCGGCGCUACCCGGACGCGUUCUCGGUGUCUGUGUUCGAAAGGGCCAAGGAGGUAGGCGGCACUUGGCUCUACACUGACUGCACUGACAAAGAUGAGUACGGGCUACCGGUGCACAGCAGUAUCCCCAAGGCCUUGCGAGCCAAUCUGCCGAAGGAGAUGAUGCAUUACCCAGACUUUCCCUUCGACGAAGAAGACCUGCCUUCCUUCGUGGGGCACGCUGAUGUCCUCCAGUACCUGAAACGGUACGCGACGAAGUUUGACCUUUACAGGGACAUUGCGUUACAUACUCUGGUGGAGAGUAUCAAGCCGCGACCUCGCAGCAGUCCGCUGACGGACGGCGAAAUUGCGAACGGCGUGCGGGAUGACGUGCGUUGGAUGGUCCGGACUAAAGACCUGGAGACGGGGAUGAUCGCCCAGGAGAUCUUCGACUCUGUUCUGGUUUGUGUUGGGCACUAUUCAAAGCCUUUCACACCCACCAUCCCUGGUCUUGAUGAAUUCCCUGGUCGCGUGACACACAGUCAUGCCUACCGCACCAACGGAACAGUUUGCUUUGAAAACGGAGAGUCUCGAGUGGUAGACUCCAUCAUUCUCUGCACGGGCUACGAGUUCCAUUUCCCGUUCCUCUCGCAGGAGACUGGGAUACAGGUUGAGUGCGGCCGACGAGUAACUCCGCUGUAUAAACACACGUUCAAUAUCGCCCACCCGUCCAUGGCGUUGUUGGGAGUCAACUACUCGAUCGUAGCAUUUCCGUUCUUCCACAUUCAAGCCCAGAUGAUCGUCUCUGUCCUUCUGGGAGAGUCAAAGCUGCCUUCGAAACAGGCGAUGGAAAGGGAGCGCAUGGAGCAGUAUAUUGCCCACUUAGAGCAGGGGGGUGCCCUUUACCACGCCCACCAAGUCGAGCCUGAAUUUCCUCUCGUUCGGGAGUUUGUCAAAGUGGCUAAUCUGGAGCCGCUUUCCCCGCUGUUUGAAGAGAUGGACAAAGCUGUUUUGGACCAUCGCGCGAUCGAUUUGUGGAACUUCAGAAACCCCGUCUUCAAGAUGGGGCCCGACUGCCUCUCGGUCGCCAUGUCCCUGUUCGCCGACAACCGUCGUCGGCUGUGCGAGAAGCUGAAGGAAGAAGGGACAGUGUCUCCGGGGGCUAUUGUAGUGCUGCAGGGAGGGGAGCAGGAGUGCCUGCACUCCUCAGACAGGGAGAUAGUCUUUAGACAGGAGUCGUAUUUCCACUGGCUGUUUGGUGUGACAGAGGCAGAUUGCUACGGAGCAGUUGAGGUUCACAGUGGUAAAGCUGUUCUCUUUGUCCCCCAUCUUCCGGAGGACUAUGCAACGUGGAUGGGCCAGAUUUAUCCACGGGAGCACUUCCAGAGAGAGUACGCCGUGGACGAGGUUCACUACACAGACGAGAUUGCCCAAGUCCUGGAAAAGAAGAAGCCGACAAUGCUGCUGACUUUGUAUGGCAGAAACACUGACAGCGGGUCUUUCUGCAAAGAAGCAGCUUUUGACGGAAUUGGAAAGUUCAAGGAAAUUAUCAACAAUUCAAUUCUGCACCCUGUCAUCACAGAAUGCCGUGUGCUCAAGACAGAUGCAGAGAAGGCCAUUCUUCGAUACACCAAUCAAAUCAGCAGCAUGGCUCACUGUCAGGUGAUGCGAGCGGUGAAGCCGGGAAUGAAAGAGUAUGAGUUGGAGAGUCUGUUUCAGCACGUGUGCUACUCUCGGGGAGGAAUGCGUCACGUGUCGUACACAUGUAUCUGUGCCAGCGGACACAACUCUGCCACGCUCCACUACGGCCAUGCCGGGGAACCCCACACCCGCACGCUCCAGGAUGGAGACAUGUGCCUGUUUGACAUGGGUGGAGAGUACUGUUGCUAUGCCAGUGACAUCACCUGCUCCUUCCCGGCCAACGGGGUGUUCUCAGAGCAGCAGAAGCUCAUCUACAACGCAGUGCUCAAAGCCAACAGAGCCGUUCUGGCAGCAAUCAGACCUGGGGUGAAGUGGCCCGACAUGCACUGCCUGGCGGACAGGGUUCACCUGGGUGCACUGAAAGAGGCGGGGCUACUGAAGGGGGAAGUGGAGGAGAUGAUGCCAGUCAGACUAGGAGCUGUCUUCAUGCCCCACGGUCUGGGCCAUUUCAUGGGCCUCGAUGAGCACGAUGUUGGAGGAUAUCCUGAGGGGGUGGAGAGGAGCUGUGAGGCAGGUCUGAAGAGCCUCAGGACUGGCAGAGUUCUGCAGGAAGGGAUGUGUCUGACCGUUGAGCCUGGAAUCUACUUCAUGAAUCACUUGUUGGAUAAUGCCCUCCUGAACCCAGCCCAGGCCUGUUUCAUCAACAGAGACCUCCUGAUGAAGUUCAGAGGAUGUGGUGGAAUCCGUAUAGAGGAUGACGUGCUGGUGACUGCAACUGGAGCAGAGCUCCUAACGGACGUCCCUCGCACCGUGGAGGAGAUCGAGGCCUGGAUGCAGCGCGGAGAGAAAACUUGGUGCAUACCUCCACCCACUUGAACUUCUGAUUCCAUUGAACAACAAUAACUGUACUGAUUUUUGCAGGUUCAUAAUUUUGUAUAUUAUGCAGGUGUGUGUUUAUGAUGGUGUGUGCGCACAUUUCACGCACGACAAGAGUUUGAACAAGUUUUUAUUUCUUUCUUCGUCCCUUUGGUUGUACGGCAUUGGGAUUACGUCGUCGAUUUUCUCCACCCCUGCUGCCACGCCCCCCUGUCCCCAUGGCCAGUCGGGCCCCCCGGCUCGUCACGUCAUGGACAACAAACGGGGAGGGGAGGGUUACGUAAUCCUGUGAUAAGGGGUCGACUUUGUUCUCUCGUUGUCUUCUCUCUCGGUACGUGACCUGCUGGUCCGGAGAUAGAACAGGGUUCUGGGCAUGACGGCCACUCUUUGGUGCGGACAGCGGGUACCGAAGUCCUCUGUGACUGAACUGUUUUCUGCCGAGUGGUUUGUACUGCAUUCUCCCACUGCUGUCCACGAUCACUGACACUCGGUAGAGACUGCGAUUUCCACACCACGGACACCACACUCGACCAGUGUCCAGAGUGGUCUUGAAGCAGCCUUUGCAUUUCUUGGCAUAGGUUCUGAGCUGCCUUAUCCUUUUCCCAUCUAGUGAGAUCAGGUUCAGCCCCAUCUGAAGCAGCACGUUCUGCAUAGCAAAGUCAGUUGUGAUACAGCCGACACUGAGAGACUGAGGAAGAUCGUCCAGUACAGCGCCCAUCUCUUCGCACACUUGCUGCAAGUUCUCGGGAGUGAUCCAACCUUCUUCAUCGUCAU